CUUCCUUCGAGGAGAGGAAGCGAUGGCGAGGAUGGUGGGAGCAGCGCCGCCGCCUCCUCCUCCUACAAUGGCGGCGCUCGGCCUCGCCGUCGCCUCGGAUUGGUGGGACGACAUCAACGGAUCGACCCGGUGGCAGGACGCGAUGUUCUACUCCCUCUGCGCCGCCUACGCUCUCGUCGCCUCCGUCGCUCUGAUUCAACUGGUUAGGAUCGAGUUGAGAGUGCCCGAAUACGGUUGGACGACCCAAAAGGUUUUCCAUCUCAUGAACUUUGUAGUCAAUGGAGUUCGUGCUCUCGUAUUUGCAUUCCAUAAGCAAGUAUUCGUGUUGCAUCCAAAGGUGUUAACUUUGGUUCUCUUGGAUCUUCCUGGACUCCUGUUUUUCUCUACUUACACUCUCUUAGUUCUGUUUUGGGCCGAGAUAUAUCACCAGGCGAGAAGUUUACCAUCAGAUAAGCUGAAGAUAUCUUAUAUAUCUAUAAAUGGUGCUAUGUACUUUAUACAGGUUUGCAUCUGGAUUUAUCUGUGGAUAGACGACAACAGUGUUGUGGAAUUUAUUGGGAAGAUAUUUAUUGCAGUUAUCUCAAUAAUAGCUGCAUUGGGUUUCUUAUUAUAUGGAGGAAGAUUAUUUUCCAUGCUAAGGCGUUUUCCUAUUGAAUCUAAAGGGAGGAGGAAAAAGCUUCAUGAGGUUGGAUCUGUUACAGCUAUAUGCUUCACCUGUUUUAUUAUCAGGUGUACAGUGGUUCUUCUAUCAGCUUUUGAUUCAGAUGCAUCACUCGAUGUUUUGGAUCAUCCAAUUUUGAAUAUGUUAUACUACAUGCUGGUUGAGAUCCUGCCUUCUGCUUUAGUCCUCUUCAUCCUACGCAAGCUGCCUCCUAAGAGGAUAUCGGCCCAACAUCACCCUAUCCGAUAGCCAUAGAUCAUUCUUGCUUGCUUAAUUAUUCUUCACCCGCUCAAGAUGGGUUUUCAUGCCUCAUCCAUUGGCUUUGAGUAAGUCGAGUGGAGCCGGAAAAGAAUUCGGACAUAUCAUUCUGAGAUGGCACAGGACGCCAAUGGUUUGCUCGUGCUUUGUACAUUAUGAAGCUUCCUCAAGUUUGCCAAAGGGGACAGAAUCAUUGUUGAUAUCAUUGUUGAUUUCUGCGGGCUGUGUGACUUGUAGAAUCGGUUCUUGAUACCUUUCACAUGCCUAUUGUGUCAAUGUCUGUGAAAGGAGAAGCUCCUGCUAUUUUCAGGUGCUAGGUGUCAAUUCUUUUUUCGGAGUUUUCAAUGUCUUGUUGUGCUCAUGAGUAGUGAUUGGAAAUGAUAUCUUAGUUUCUUCCCCAUUUUUUCUUUCAGAACACUUUCUUAGAUCCUGUUGUAAUGUUAGGGCUUUGUUUUAGAAGUUGUAUUCGGUUGGAAUCGUCAUUUAUCCCUUGAAGAAAUUGCAGAUUGCAGUA